AUGUAUCGCAUCUGGAAUAUAUACGUAUUGGCCGCCUUUGGCACCAUCGGCGGCAUGCUGUUUGGGUUCGAUAUAAGCUCUAUGAGCGCUUGGAUCGGAUCAAAGCAGUAUCUUGAGUACUUCGACAACCCCGACUCAACCUUGCAAGGUGGUAUAACGGCCUCCAUGUCAGCUGGGUCGUUGGUUGGAGCCCUAGCUGCAGGUUUCCUAGCGGACAAGCUUGGCCGCCGCGGAUCUCUAAAGGUUGCUGCUGUUGUCUUUGUCCUCGGAGCCGCAUUGCAGGCUUCAGCCCAGAACGUCGCUCACCUGAUCGUCGGCCGCGUGGUUAGCGGUCUAUCAAUAGGAGUCACAAGCUCACAGAGCUGUGUAUAUCUUGCUGAGUUGGCUCCUUCCCAGAUCCGUGGCCGAAUCGUCGGCAUCCAGCAGUGGUCUAUUGAAUGGGGCAUACUGAUCAUGUACCUGAUAUCCUAUGGUUGCGUGAACGCCAUCCAGUCAGAAAACGCCUUCCGUGUCGCAUGGGGAGUCCAAGGCGUUCCAGCCAUCGUCCUUUUCGUUGCAUUGUUCUUCUUCCCCGAGUCUCCUAGAUGGCUCGCCCAAAAGGACCGUUGGGAUGAGUGCUGGGAAGUUCUCGCACACCUUCACGGAAACGGCGACCGGGACAGUCCGGUAGUAAUGACUGAGCUUGAAGAGGUCAAAGAGGCCGCUCGUGUGGCAGCAGAAUCCGCACACAUAGGAUUUCUCGGUCUUUUUGGUCCCAAUAUGUGGAAACGCACAUUGGCCGGAUGCAGUGUACAGGUCUGGCAGCAAUUGCUCGGAGGCAACGUGAUGCUUUACUAUCUAGUCUACAUCUUCAACAUGGCCGGAAUGAGUGGCAAUGUUGCCUUGACCUCAUCCAUCAUUCAAUACGUGAUCUUCCUUGUCACUACUGGAGCAAUUUUGCCCAUCGUCGAUCGGCUAGGUCGCCGGACUCUCUUGAUCGGCGGUGCUAUCAUCUGUUGCAUCAUCCACUUUGCAACUGGAGCCGUGAUGGCUUCUUAUGGACACUACGUCGAUAGCAUCGAUGGAAACGAGAUCCUGCGAUGGGAAAUUGGUGGAGCUCCAGCAAAGGCUGUGAUUGCUCUGUGCUACAUCUUUGUCGGCAUAUAUGGACUGACGUGGGCCCCGAUUGGUUGGAUUUAUUGUUCUGAAGUAUUUCCACUGAAAUAUCGUGCCGUAGGCGUCGGCCUUUCUGCCGCUUCAAAUUGGACGUUUAACCUUGCAUUGGCGUUUUUCGUACCGCCUGCUUUUACCAACAUCCAAUGGAAGACCUACAUGAUAUUCGGGACCUUCUGUGCAGUCAUGACUGCACACAUCUUCUUCACGUAUCCAGAAACAGCCGGCAAGUCGCUCGAAGAAGUUGAUGAGGUGUUUUCGUCGAACAUCCCUGCUUGGCGAAGCAAGGAUGCCGGAGGCCGUUUCGAGGACCGGGUAGCUGCUACCGAGAAGUCUGUCGAUGUCUUCCACCAAGAGAACAAGGAUGCGUCCGCUGUUUAA